AUCCCAUUUACUCUCUGCAUUUGCAUUCAUUCAUAUUAUCUUAGACAAAUCUAAAAGCUCAUGUUUGAAGAAUCUGAUAUAACAUGUUAGAAAUGAUUAUUGCAGGAAGCAGGAAUUGUGAACAUAUUGAAGAUUAUAUAAGUGGAGCAAAAUCAGCAGAUACAAUAAGGCUUAGAAGAUAGCAAGAGAAUAGCAUGGCUCCAAGCUCAUUCAGAAAAGCCAUUGGGGCAGUGAAGGAUACAACAAGCAUAGGCCUAGCCAAAGUUGGAAGCAGCACCUCGCUUGCCGACCUUGACGUGGCAAUCGUGAAGGCGACGAGGCACAACGAAUACCCGGCCGAAGAGAAGUAUCUUAGGGAGAUCCUGAGCUUAACAUGUUACUCUCGCGUAUUCAUCAGUGCUUGUGUGAAUACCAUCUCAAGACGUCUGAGCAAGACUAGAAGUUGGACGGUGGCUUUGAAAAGUCUUGUGUUGAUUCAAAGACUGCUAGCAGAGGGUGAUCCUGCCUAUGAGCAGGAGAUAUUCUUCUCAACUCGCCGUGGGACUCGCCUUCUCAACAUGUCUGAUUUUCGCGACCACUCAAGAUCCGGUUCAUGGGACUUCUCUGCAUUUGUGCGCACCUACGCCCUGUAUCUAGAUGAAAGACUUGACUUCAAGAUGCAAAGCCGCCGUGGGAGGCACGGCAAAUUGAGUUUUGAUGAUGAUGUGGACAGGGACAGAGAAGUUGUUGUAAGAUCUACACCAGUUAAAGACAUGACACUGGAUAAACUUUACUACAAGAUGCAUCAUUUACAAUUGCUGCUUGAGAGAUUUUUAGCAUGUCGUCCCACAGGGGCAGCAAAGGACCACAGAAUUGUGAUAGUUGCUCUAUAUCCGAUUGUGAGGGAAAGUUUCCAACUGUAUUAUGAUAUAACAGAAAUAUUGGGUAUCUUCCUUGAUCGCUUCCCCGAAAUGGAGGCAGUGGAUUGUAGCAAGGUAUAUGACAUCUUCUGUCGUGUCGGAAAGCAAUUCGACGAGCUAGAUGUGUUUUAUAUCUGGAGCAAGAAUAUCGGAAUUGCACGUUUUUCUGAGUAUCCUGAGAUUGAAAAAAUCACGCCCAAGAAGCUAGAGAUAAUGGAAGAGUUCAUAAAAGGAAAGCUCGUAUUGCCACAGAACAACCAACAAGAAAAGAAGGAAGUUAAAGCCGCCAAGGAACCGGAACCAGAACCAGAAGAGGAUAUGAAUGCAAUCAAGGCACUACCACCACCAGAAGCAUCCAUUUCUGUGGCACCGGCAAAAGAGGAGCCAAAGAAAGAGCCAGAAGUAGAAAAACCUGUGCAAAUGGAAGCUAAUUUGUUGAAUUUAGGAGACGAAACGGUAACUUGUGAAGACCAGGGAGACAAACUGGCCUUGGCUUUGUUUGAUGGAGCUUUACCAGCAGCAACAGGUGCAACCCAAGCACUUCCAUGGCAUGCAUUCGACGAAGCAGAAGAUUGGGAGACAGCAUUGGUCCAAUCUGGUAGCAACUUAUCGAACCAGAAGCCUGCAUUGGGUGGUGGCUUUGAUACAUUAGUGUUGAAUGGCAUGUACCAACGAGCAGAAAUGACAACAACAAUGCAAGGACCUGGUUAUGGGGUGAGUGGAAGUGCUAGCAGUGUGGCACUUGGUUCAGCUGGAAGGCCUGCAGUGCUAGCAUUGCCAGCGCCACCAACACCGGGCAGUGGUUUGAGUUCCGGCAGUGUAGAUCCCUUUGCAGCCUCUCUAUCUAUGGCACCGCCGUCUUACGUGCAAAUGUCGGAGAUAGAGAAGAAACAGAAGUUGUUGCUUGAAGAGCAAUUAAUGUGGCAGCAAUUUGAAAUGGAUCGGAGCCAAGGACAAGCUGCAUUCUUGAAGCAGCAGCAUCAACAACAUAAUAAAAAUCCUUAUUUCGGAGGUUAUCCACAGAAUUAUGGCAAUUAUCAACGUUAAGUAGGUCAAAUUCCCUCACCUUUCUUAUUUGCUGUAGUAUAAAUAUUGUGUGCUGAUUAGAACAGUUGUUUGCGGGUUUUAUGUUUUAUUUCUACAUUUGGUGCUGGUUGCAUGUAAAUAUUGUACUAAUAUAAUUAGAACAGAUGUUUCCAUAUUUGGAGAUUUCAAAUAACUAACUAAUGCAGUAGUGGAUUAGUUC